AUGAUCGCCGCUCAGGCCAAGCUGGUUUACCAGCUCAAUAAAUACUACACUGAGCGCUGUCAGGCGCGCAAGGCGGCCAUCGCUAAGACCAUCCGAGAAGUCUGUAAGGUAGUCUCGGACGUGCUAAAGGAAGUGGAGGUGCAGGAGCCUCGCUUCAUCAGUUCCCUGAGCGAGAUCGAUGCCCGCUAUGAGGGGCUGGAGGUCAUCUCGCCCACCGAAUUUGAGGUGGUGCUGUACCUAAAUCAGAUGGGCGUCUUCAACUUCGUGGAUGACGGCUCCUUGCCUGGCUGUGCGGUGCUCAAAUUGAGCGAUGGGCGGAAGCGGAGCAUGUCUCUCUGGGUUGAGUUCAUCACAGCGUCCGGCUACCUCUCUGCGCGCAAGAUUCGCUCGCGUUUCCAAACGCUAGUGGCACAGGCAGUGGACAAGUGCAGCUAUCGGGAUGUGGUGAAGAUGAUCGCUGAUACCAGCGAGGUCAAGUUACGCAUCCGAGAGCGUUACGUGGUGCAGAUCACUCCUGCGUUCAAGUGCACCGGGAUCUGGCCUCGCAGCGCAGCUCAGUGGCCUAUGCCCCACAUCCCCUGGCCUGGCCCCAAUCGGGUGGCGGAGGUCAAGGCCGAAGGAUUCAACUUGCUCUCCAAGGAGUGCUACUCGCUGACAGGCAAACAGAGCUCGGCAGAGAGUGACGCCUGGGUGCUACAGUUCGGAGAGGCGGAAAACCGCCUGCUGAUGGGUGGCUGUCGAAACAAGUGUCUCUCGGUGCUGAAGACUCUGAGGGACCGCCACCUGGAGCUGCCCGGCCAGCCACUCAACAAUUACCACAUGAAGACGCUGCUGCUGUAUGAGUGCGAGAAACACCCGCGGGAAACGGACUGGGACGAGGCGUGCCUCGGCGACCGGCUCAAUGGGAUCUUGCUGCAGCUCAUCUCUUGCCUGCAAUGCCGCCGUUGCCCUCACUACUUUCUGCCCAACCUCGACCUCUUUCAGGGCAAACCUCAUUCGGCCCUGGAGAGUGCUGCCAAGCAGACCUGGAGGUUAGCCAGGGAGAUUCUCACCAAUCCCAAAAGCCUGGACAAACUAUAGGAUGCUGGAGGGUUGCUUGAAAAGCACC